AUGGAGAAAGCAGAAGGAAGAAACCAAACGUCCGUCGUGGAAUUCAUCCUCUUGGGAUUUGGGAACGGCCCCGAACUGCAGCCCCUUCUCUUCCUGCUCUUCCUAGUGACCUACCUUGUGACUGUGUCCGGGAACCUCCUCAUUGUGGUGCUAGUUGUGGCCGAUCGGCACCUCCACACCCCCAUGUACUUUUUCCUGGGGAACCUGUCCUGCUUGGAGACCUGCUACAGCUCCGCCCUCUUACCCCCGCUUCUGGCCAGGCUCCUGACCGGGGAUAGAACCAUUUCCAUCAGUGCCUGCCUGGUGCAAUUAUAUUUCUUUGGUAUCCUGUCAACUUCAGAAACUCUGCUGCUUGCAGCCAUGUCCUGUGAUCGCUAUUUAGCAAUCUGCCAGCCCCUCCGCUACAGUGCUCUGAUGAACGGCCAGGUGUGUGGCCAGCUGACAGCUGGGUCCUGGAUAGGCGGCUUUCUCAUCCCCACCCUAGCAAAUAUUUUCUUGUUCCAGUUAAAGUUCUGUGGUUCCAAAGAAAUUGACCAUUUCUUCUGUGAUUUUUCCCCCGUGAUAAAUCUGUCCUGUGGCGACACCCGGACUCUGGAACUGGUGACAUUUGCUCUUGCUUCCAUAGGGACAUUUGUGCCCUGUCUACUGACCCUGGCGUCCUACGUGUGUAUCAUCUCCACCAUCCUGAGGAUCCCGUCCGCCACUGGGAGGCAGAAGGCCUUCUCCACCUGCUCCUCCCACCUCAUCGUGAUUACAGUUUUCUAUUUGACCAUGACUAUGAUCUAUGUGUUUCCAACAGCCAACAUGCCCAUGGUCCUACACAAAAUAUUCUCUGUCUUCUACACAGUCCUGACUCCCUUGAUUAACCCUGUCAUCUACUGCCUCAGAAACAAGGAGGUCCAAGAGUCUCUGAGAAAAGCUGUUCUGAAACUGACACAUGUUAUGGAGAAAGCAGAAGGAAGAAACCGAACGCUCAUCUCAGAAUUCAUCCUCUUAGGGCUUGGGAACGGCCCUGAACUGCAGCCCUUCCUCUUCCUGCUGUUCCUAGUGAUCUACAUUAUGACUCUGGCCGGAAACGCCCUCAUCAUUGCGCUAGUGGUGGCUGAUCGGCACCUUCACACCCCCAUGUACUACUUGCUGGGGAACUUGGCCUGCUUGGAGAUCUGUUACAGCUCCACCUUCCUGCCCCGGCUGCUGGCCAGUCUCCAGACGGGGGACAGAACCGUCUCUGUUAAGGGCUGCCUGGUGCAAUUGUAUUUCUUUGGUUGUCUGUCAUCUCUUGAAAAUCUGCUGCUCGCGGCCAUGUCCUACGACCGGUAUGUAGCCAUAUGCCAGCCCCUCCGGUAUGCUACUCUGAUGAACACCUCAUCGUGA